AUGAAUAUUACUCGUAGCGAUGAUCAAAAAAAAUAUGUAUGUGUUAACGUUUUGUGUGGUGCUGGAUACGGAAAAUCUUUUAUAUCAGAUGAAACAGAAAUCGUUAAAAAUCGAGAAAAUGAUUUACAAAAUUUAGAACAAAAAAAACACGAUCAUUCCGUGAUAAAUGACGUUGUUAAUAUUUUAAAACCGUUUGACACAAAAAACAUACACGUUAUUAGCGAAACUUUUGUAGAGCUAGAAGAAGAAAUCGAUCGCGAAUUGGUAAAAGAACGUGAAAUACAUCCAAACGAUAAAACGGCAAAAUAUUUAUCACUAACCAUGUGUAAAUAUAUGACAAAAAUUGCACAAUUUUUGUUAUUAUUUUUAAUGCUGUACGGUAUUUUUGAUUGCGUUACUUAUAUUUUUAAUAAAAAUAUAACAAACACUAUUAUAUGA